GUUUUGUGUUUAGAUGGUUGGAAAUGCGGGGUGGGCAUAAACCCUAGACUAGAGCGAGAUUUUGCCCGAGUUGCCCUGCUUGCAGCCAAAUGCUGCCUGGCUGCGCCUUCCCCUAAACCCCGCCGCCGCCCUUUCCCACCGCCAUGCUUCUCCUCCCCCUAUGCCCCCUUCCGCCUCCCCUCUCCCUGUUCUCCGCCUCGCCCGCAGACCCUCCCUCGCCGCCGCCGCCGCUGCCCGCCGCUACCACUCCGCCCCCACCGUCUCAUCCUCCUCCUCCUCCGACGACGAAUCCCCCCUCGCCGCCGAGCUCUUCCCCGCCGCCGGCGCGCCCACCCUCCUCUCCAUCGCUCGCUCGCUCGCCGUCGCCUCCCCGAGCCCCUCCGUCGCCUCCGUACUCGGCUUCCUCCGCCGCCUGCCCCACGACGCUUCCCCGCACAUCUUCCCCCACCUCGUCGCCGCCCUCGCUCGCUCGCCCGCCCCGCUCCUCGCCCUUCGCCUGUUCCUCUCCCCGCCCAACGCCGCCGCCACCACCCACCACUCCUUCAACUCCGCGCUCUUCCGAUUUCCUCUCCCGCCGCACCUCCUCCCGGCCUUCUUCUCCCACUCCCUCCGCCGCUUCCCCGGCCUCGCCCCCACCCUCCUCUCCUUCAACCUCCUCCUCAAGUGCGUCUCCUCCUCUCUGGUCCCAAGAAACCCCAGCAUCUAUCUUGCAAUCACUAUGCGAAUUCUGCAUGAUUGUAUUCCGGCGCGGAAUCUUGUGCCGGAUAAGUUCACCUACUCGACGGUCGUGUCAGCAUUGGCGGAUGCAGGGCGGGUGGAGGAUGCGGUGGCCCUGGUGCAUGAGAUGGUGGUGGAUGGGGUGGUAGCGGCUGAGGCUUUUAACCCCGUGCUUAGGGCGAUGCUGCGCACAGGAGAUGUCACCGGUGCAGCCAAACUGUUUCGGUUUAUGCAGCUAAAGGGGUGUACAAUGACAGCAGCGACAUACAAUGUUCUGCUGCAUGGUUUGUUAUUGUGCGGCAAGGCCAGGGCCGCGACGGGUGUUAUGAGGAAAAUGGAGAAGGAGGGGGUAGCGCCAGGAUUGAUGACCUACGGGGCAGUGGUGGAUGGGCUGGUGAAGUGCGGGAGAGUGGAGGAUGCAUGGAAGGUGGCUGAGGAAAUGGGGAGUAAGGGGCUCGCACCUAGUGAAUUUGUGUACUCGGCUGUGAUCUCUGGGUUUUGCAAGUCAGGGGAGGUUGACAGGGCAUUGAGGGUCUGGGAGACAAUGGUGGCAGGUAGAGUAAGGCCGAAUGUUGUUUUGUAUUCAGCAAUGAUUGAUGGCCUUGCCCGGUGCAGGAGGAUGAAAGAGGCCGAAAUGUUAUUUGGAGAGAUGGUUGAUGCGAAAUGUAUACCAAAUGUCAUGACAUAUAGCUCAAUGGUUCAGGGAUAUUUCCACAUUGGAGAUUUAUCACGGGCUCUCUCUUUCUGGGAGGAGAUGUUAAAGGUUGGAUGUGCACCAAAUGCUAUCAGUUACAGCAUAUUAAUCAAUGGGUUAUGCAAUGUAGGGAGAUUGAAGGAUGCUAUGAUGGUCUGGAAACACAUGCUUGAUCGUGGUUGUGCACCUGACACAAUCGCUUAUACUUCAAUAAUUAAGGGGUUAUGUAUGUCUGGCAUGGUAGAUGGCGGUCUACGGCUGUUUUAUGACAUGCUGGCGAAGGAUGAUGCCAAGCCAGAUGCCAUCAGUUAUAAUGUACUAUUGGAUGGCUUGAUCCGGGCAAAAGACUUUCCGCAGGCAAUGGAUCUGCUUAACCGGAUGCUUGACCAGAGGUGUGAUCCAGACACAGUGACAUGCAAUAUUUUCUUGCGGGAGAUUGGGAUCGCAGAGGGGAAAGGGAGGGAAUUCUUAGAGGGACUAGUGAUGAGGCUAUGCAAUAGAGAAAGGUAUAGGGCAGCCGGAGAUGUUGUGAUGUUGAUGCUAGCUAAGUAUAUUGUGCCAGAGGUGUCCAUUUGGUUUACUGUAGUGAGAGGAGUUUGUCACUCAAAGAGAGUUCGUAAAGUAUUUGACAAAUGUUGGGAUGAGAUAUGGAGGCCUUGAAGAUUUAUUUAUAAUUGUUCAUACACCAAAUGAGCACAUGAUUUGGAGCUCACAUGCUGGAGUGCUUUUAUACUCCAUUUAUUGAGGGAAUGUGCAAACUGUGUUAGCAGACAUGUUCCAUUGGCACUUUUUCCCCCAACAGAAGCAUCGUUGGCACUUUAGGACAUCAGGUACUCGAUUAACUACUAUUAGCAAGUUCUUGAUCAAUUCUUCCCCUUGUCCAUCUACAGCAGUUAGAGCUAGGUAGGUAUUCUUAAUUAUCUAUUGUCAAGUAUUUAUUUAAUGACAUUGCACUCAUGGGAAGGUUCUACUUUCUUCUUUGCAGAGUUUCCUACUAUUCCUGACAUUUUCCUUUGGUAACUGUGCAUGUCAUAGCCGAUGGCAUAAGUUCUAUAUGCUGAAUUUUUGUUCAUGUUGUUGAUGCUAAAACAAGAGUAGAAGGUCUAAACAAAGAAGUGUUUUCGACCUUACCCUUCCUUUUUUUCAUUACCUGUUUCAAAUUCUGCAUUGAUGGUUAAUUCCUACAGGUACUUUCUUGAUUCUCUAUCAAUAGUGUAUAUCUUACUGCUUAUGUGAUAGCGCAUUAGACUAGUUGUUAUGUUAGGGUUAUGGCUAUUCAGGUGAUAAGACAAGGCGUCUCACCCUGGCCACACUGCCAAGAGCCUAAGGCGUAAAUGGUAAGAAAACAUAUACCAUCACAAGUAGUAUGUUUUGAAUAGGAUACAAAAAUGGUAGCUAUGCUUUAUGAUGGUCAAGUGGACCAUUUAGAUUCUUUAUGUAUAGAAGGCCAGACAUACUUUGUGCCGAGUGUAUCCACAUCCCAUAAUGAGGUGGCAAAACCUGAAUAUUGUUAACAAUAGUCAAUACUGAUUAUCGUCUCACUUUUGCCAUGGAGGUCUGUGAGACACCGAAUAUGAAUUAGUGGUGGAUCCACCCAAUUUUCUCGUUCAUGCCAUUUGGUGAUGUUUUCCAGUUCACUCUUAACAACGACAUUCAUGUUGAAUGAUUCAGCUUAUGUACUAUUGGUUUAACAUAUUUGCAACAAAAAGGGUCUUGCUGAUUUUUUUUUUCACAUAUGUUAUGCUAUUGGGAUGGUUCUCUAUGUAAGGUCCCUAGGCUUUUUGGGUAGUUAGUACGCGACAGAAGAAUCCCAUUAGAAUAUUAUUCUGAUGGAUGGCAGAUAUGCAUGCAUAGUAGCCUAGCUUUUUUAGUCUCAUUUCUGAGUUCUUGUAUAUCUGUUGUAAAUUUUUAUUCUGUUCAGAUAUUAAAUUAAGUCUAGGAAUUUGUGUUCUCUCUCUGGCCUUGUUCUUGUGGUGUCGUUGUUGUACCUAAUAUGUUGUUUGAGUCAGUUUACUAGUAAAGUUGACCGAAGAUUGUCUUGGAGUAGGCCAAGAUCGGCUUUAUCAUCGUUCAGUGAUAAUCUACUAACUUACUCAGCUGUUUUCAGGUUGCUAUCCUCAAUCUAUGUUGAGGAUGGGAAGGCCAGGAUGGGCAGAAAAAUAACUAGCUUAGUACAGCUAGGUAAAAUUUCUGGGUUAUGACCUGGCGAUUGUUAGGAAGCCAAUUGCAGCUUGAUACCAACAAUCACAGGUCGACUCUCUUUGGGUAAACUAACUGACAUAACCAUGUUCCAUGUCAUAGAUGAAUGAAUUAAAUGCAACUAUGGAGGGAUCAUAAGACAAAGGCAACAUGACAUUUGAGCUUGUGGACUCAUUGUCUGUA